AUGAGCUCCAGUGCCCACCAGGUGUCCGCCAGUGCCCCAAGCAAGUUGGGACGCUACGCUGAUACGCCACGACGUCAGGUGCCCAGGCGGCCACUGUUGCUGCUCGUGCGGCCUUCCCCUGUCAACAUCGCCCUUCCCACCACCACAACACGAGCAUCUCUAGCCCACCGCCCACCACGACUUGGCCCGAGACACACGCGGACACACGGACACACGGACACGUCCUGCAUGUCGACGCACGAGAGCACGCGCUCCGAGUCAAAACCGACUGUCCUCGCAGAGGAAGAUGCGAGCGGCCCGCGCCGCGUAGAGAGCAUGGAGAAGGAGGAGACGGGUGUCGACGGUGUCGAGGGAGUCGAGGGAGUCGGAUCCGGAGCUGUAGAAGCAUCGGGAGCUGUGCCAGCAGCAACAGAGCCGGCAGAGUCGGCAGAGUCGGCAGAACCCACAGACACCGAACCAGCACCAAAACCGUUUGACCCCUUUGACGAUCCCGAAGGACUGGGCGAUGAUGACAAUGAUGACGACAACCACGACAACGACCACAACAUUGAAGCCUCCGUCGCCACGCUCAAGCCGCCGCGGACACCCCUCGCCGGCCUGUCGCUGGCCCCCUCGUCGGCGACCUCGACCUACAUCGACCCCACGCCCGCCACGCCCAUGACCUCCCACCCGCCGUCGCGGUCGACGUCCCAUGCCGCGUCCCAGCGCUCGCCUCAGCGCUCGCCACCGCGGUCACCCACGCGGUCACCCACGCAGUCCGAGGCGGCCGACACCGACGGCGAGGACCGUCGGUACCUCAGCGACGACGACGCCGGCCAUCCCGGUGGCGCCGCGACGCGCCGCUCCGAGAUCCAGACCAUUAUGGAGCAGUUCAGCGGCGACGGCGGCGGGCCCGGCGAAGACGAGGUCAUGAGCCCGCGGCUCGAGAUUGCGGCGCCCAUGCUGGCGCCUCCGCUGUCGGUGUCGUCGGCGGCCGCAGCAGGCGGCGUUGGCGUGGGCGUUGGCGUGGGCGUUGGCGGCAGCCACCCGCCGCGCAAGUCGAGCCUGGAACCGCUGGCGCCGGGGCUGGCGCAGCACAUCAAAGAGAGCGUGAAGGCGAUGCCGGGCGACGGGGGGGCGGAGGAGGGGGCGGAGGAGGGUGGCGAGGACGGGGAGGCCAGCGCGACAACGAGCGGCGGAGGCAUCGACAAGGGCAAGGGCGAGGACCGCGGACCGCCGGUGCCGCCCAAGGACAGCGAGGACAGCAUGGACGGCACCAUGGAGGGUGCGGAGGCACGGGCCACCUCCGACAACAACGGCCCCAUGUCCCCCACCGUGUCGCUCCACCGUCCACCGCCGCCGGCCCCCGAGCCCGAGCCGAGCCUGCCCUUUGACUUCCACCGCUUCCUCGAGCAGCUGCGGCACAAAAAGGCCGACCCGGUCGCGCGCUAUCUCAAGUCGUUUCUGGCCGAGUUUGCCAAGAAGCAGUGGAUGGUGCACGAGCAGGUCAAGAUCAUCAGCGACUUUCUGGCCUUUAUCGCCGACAAGAUGGCCGUCUGCGAGGUCUGGCGCGACCUGUCGGACGCCGCGUUCGACAACGCCCGCGAGGGCAUGGAGAAGCUCGUCAUGAACCGCCUGUACUCGCAGACCUUCUCGCCGGCCAUCCCGCCGCCCCAGCCCAUCCCCGGCGCGCGGCCCAAGCGCCGCGGCGGCGAGCGGCCCAUGGGGCCCGGGCGCCGCGGCCAGCACCAGGAAGACGUCGAGCGCGACGAGGUGCUGUCGCAGAAAAUCACAAUCUACGGCUGGGUGCGCGAGCGCCACCUCGACAUUGCGCCCGUCGCGGCCGAAGAGAGCGGCCGGCGGUUCCUGCGCCUGGCCCAGCAGGAGCUGCUCAAGAUCAAGACGUACCGCGCGCCGCGCGACAAGAUCAUCUGCGUGCUCAACUGCUGCAAGGUCAUCUUCGGGCUCCUCAAGCACAACAAGGCCGACGAGUCCGCCGACGCCUUCAUGCCCCUGCUCAUCUACGUCGUGCUGCAGGCCAACCCGGACCACCUCGUGUCCAACGUCCAGUACAUCCUGCGCUUCCGCCACCAGGACAAGCUGGCCGGCGAGGCCGGCUACUACCUGUCGUCGCUCAUGGGCGCCGUCCAGUUUAUCGAAAACAUGGACCGCACCACCCUCACCAUCACCGACGCCGAGUUCGAGGCCAACGUCGAGGCCGCCGUCUCUGCCAUUGCCGAGAAGCACCGCGCGGCGUCGCCGCCGCUGCCCAUUCCGCCCGAGGGCGACGGCGACGACGAAAAGACCGCGGGGCACAAGGCGGCCGGCGCUUCGUUGCAACCGGGCGACCCGUCGGGAGCGGGCCCGUCGGCACGCACGUCGGCCGAUGUGGACCGGCCGAGGACGCCACGAACGGCGAGGCCACGGGAGGGGAUCGAGGGAGGCGGUGACAAAGCAGACGCUGGAGAUGGUGACGAUGGAGAUGCCGACGACGGAGAUGCCGACGACGGCGAAAGAGACGCCAUCACCGGUCUGCUGCGCACCAUCCAGCGCCCGCUGAGCACGAUUGGCCGCCUGUUUGCCGAGGACCCGGCGUCGCCGACCGACGGCGCCGCCCACCCACGCGGCCGGAGUCCGGGCCGAGACGCCGAGGGCGGCGACCCGGCCACUGCCACUGCCACGGCCACGGCCACGGCCACACGCAGGCAGGCCCUCUCCGCCGAAGAGGCCGCGGCGCGCCAGGCCAGCGCCGAGACCGCCGAGGCCCAGCGCCUGCACCGCGUCGAGCACGCCAACAUUGUCGAGACGCUGGCCGGCAUGUUUCCCGACCUGGACCGCGACAUCAUCAGCGACGUCGUCUACCAGAAGGAGGGGCGGGUCGGCCUUGCCGUGGACGCGUGUCUCGCGCUGUCGCAGUAA